AUGGCAGGAGAUUUUCGGAAGGCGUUUUAUGCUGCGGAAAAAGGCAAAAUUGAUGAAUUUAAUAAUUAUUUUAAUGAACAAGACGUUAAUAAAUCACAGAGAGGUGUUACCAUGUUAUAUAUUGCUUGCCAAAAUGGACAUUUAGAAAUUGUUAAAUUAUUAUUAUCAUGUAAAACAAUUGAUGUUAAUUUGAGUACUACUUAUUAUACCUUUAUGACACCAUUAUACAUUGCGUGCCACUAUGGACAUUUAGAAAUUGUUAAAGAAUUACUUCAACAUCCAAAUAUUGAAAUAGAUAGCGAAUUGUCAGUGAAUGGAAUUAAUAUUCAAACAAUUAAAAGUGACAUGGAAAAGGAACAACAAAUAUUACAAGAACAAAUAGAACAAAAAAAGUUGAAACAACUAGAAAUGGAAAGAUUAGAAAGAAAAAGAAUUACAAAAUUAGAAAUGGAAAGAAUUGAAAAAGAACGUUUAUUAAAAAUAGAAAGAGAAAGAAAAGAAUUUGAGAAAAAGCAACCAUUCAUAAUCACAUCUGAAACACUUUCAAAAUUAUGUUCACUCAACCAACAAGUAGAUAAUAAUAGAAGAAAAGUUGAAAAACAAUUUGAAUCAAUUCAAUCAUUUUCUUCUUCUAUUCAAAUUGAGAAAGAAUUUCAAGAUGAAUAUUUAAGAAUUUGUGAUAAUUUAAAUAAUUGUUGUAAUUUAAUUGAAAAAUUAACAAGUAAUAAUUAUAAUAUUGAAAAUAAUGAACAUUUGUCAACUAUUAAUAAUUUAAUGAAUAAUAUUAGAACUAUAUUGGAAUUUAUUAAUAAUCAAAAAUAUUUAUUUAAAUUACAAUCUUAUUCAGAAGUAUUAAAUGAAAAAUUAGAAUUAUUUAAUGAAUUUAAUUCUCAAUUUAUUAAACAAGAAUUAUUUGACAAUAUUGAAAUGAGUGAACAAUCUAUUAAGAAUAUAAAAAAAAAGGAAAAGAAACAAUUUUCAAAUUCAAAGUCAAAGAAAAGUGAAGAAAUUUCAAAGAAAUUACAAAAUUUGAAACAAAAAGAAAUUGAAAUUGAGAAGAUGGAAAAGGAAAUUAAAGAAUCAAAAUCCAAACAAUUAACAAUUUCACUUCCAAGUUAUUGGAAAAGAAACACAUUCCAAACUUAUUCGAAAAGAUAUUACAUUAUUGAUGUUACACAAUAUUUAAAAGAUACAAUGCAAGAAAUUAUGAAUGUAUCGUGUAAUUCUGCAACACUUGGAUCUGGAAGAGAUCAAUUAUUAAGAAUUAAUUAUUCUAAAUUAAUUGUUUCAAGUGUUUCAAGAAUUGAAAAUUCAACACUUUUCACUUCAUUCAAAUCAAGAAUGAAUCAUUUAAUUUCAUAUCAAGAUUCAAUUAAUUCACUUCAAGUUCAAACUGAAAAUAUUUCAAAAACAUCAAAAACAUUUGAAUGGAUGAAAACAAUUGGAUUAAAUUCUAAUAUGAAUGAAAAAUAUUUAUGGCAUGGAACAAAACCUGAAUUUGUGAAUACAAUUGCAGAACAUGGAUUUGAUGAAAGAGUUGCAAAUUUAAAUGGAUUAUUUGGAGCAGGUAUUUAUUUUGCAGAAUAUUGUUCAAAGAGUGAUCAAUAUUGUACACCUGAUCAUUCAAAUGAAUAUACUCUUUUAUUAUGUAGAGUUGUAAUGGGAAGACAAAUUCAUUUCACAAAACAAGUGAUGAAUAAUCAGAGAAGACCACCUGAAAUUUCAGGAAGUAAUAAUAGAGUUUAUGAUAGUGUUAUUGGUCAAUCAAAUACUUCAACUAAUUCAUAUAGAGAAUUCAUUGUCUAUGAUAAAUGUCAAUGUUAUCCUGAAUUUAUUAUUAAAUACAAGAGACAAUAA